AUGCCCACCGCCGACCCCUCUCGGGGCGUCGUCCCUGAUGGCGCCCAUUCCUCUUCGUCGGCCACCAAGCCCUCGAGGUCCAGGACGACCAUCCCGACGCCUUCGGGCAAGUGGAUCCUGGGCAAGACAAUAGGCGCUGGGAGCAUGGGCAAGGUCAAGCUCGCCAGGAAGGAAGACGGCGGCGAGCAGGUCGCCUGCAAGAUCAUCCCCCGUGGCUCGACAGACGACGGCCACCAGUCGCGUGCCGACCGAGAACGGGCCGACCACUCCAAAGAGGUUCGAACACAGCGCGAGGCUGCCAUUGUCUCGUUGCUCAAUCAUCCUUAUAUCUGCGGACUGCGUGAUUCCGUCCGCACAAACUACCAUUGGUACAUGCUAUUCGAAUACGUCAAUGGCGGGCAAAUGCUGGACUACAUCAUUUCACAUGGCAAGCUCAAGGAGAAGCAAGCACGCAAGUUCUCCCGCCAGAUUGCCAGCGCCCUCGACUACUGCCACCGGAACAGCAUUGUCCACCGAGAUCUCAAGAUCGAAAACAUACUCAUCAGCAAAAAUGGAGAUAUCAAAAUCAUUGACUUUGGGCUGAGCAACUUGUUUGCCCCCCGGGGUCAUCUCAAGACCUUUUGCGGCAGCCUCUACUUUGCGGCCCCGGAGCUUCUUCAAGCGAGAGCCUACACGGGGCCCGAGGUCGACGUCUGGAGCUUUGGUAUCGUGCUGUACGUCCUCGUCUGCGGCAAGGUCCCCUUUGACGACCAGAGCAUGCCGGCGCUCCACGCCAAGAUCAAGAAGGGCGUGGUCGACUAUCCCAAUUGGCUGUCUAGUGAGUGCAAGCAUCUCAUAUCACGAAUGCUGGUCACCGACCCUAAACAGCGCGCAUCGAUGCAAGAAGUCAUGACACAUCCAUGGAUGGUCAAGGGGUUUAACGGACCCCCCGACAACUUCUUGCCACCGCGCGAGCCGCUCGUGGCGCCACUGGACCCCGAGGUGUUCCAAGCGAUGCACGGCUUUAACUUUGGCUCGCCCGAGAGCAUACAGGCGCAGAUCCUCAAAACCAUUGAGUCUGACGAGUACCAACGUGCGGUGCGGAUGUACCAGCGCGAGAAGGACACACCGCAGCCGCCCAAGGAAGGCGAAAAGAAGCGCGGGUUCGGACUGGAUUUCUACAAGCGGAGGAACUCACAACACAGCCGAGAUACUCUGACCGGCCCUAGUACGGAGGCUUUGCAACUCGGCAACGACCCGUUGAACGCCUUUAGCCCGUUGCUGUCCAUAUACUAUCUUGUCAAGGAGAAGCAGGAUCGCGAACGGGUCGAUACCGCGCCACCUACCGCCGCCAGGGACCACGACCACGAGACGGAACGCCCUCGGGAGAAGGAGACUGCGCCUAUGCCGGAACUGGCGGCGCCGCGGGCGGCCGUCACCAACUCGGCUGCGUACGAGAUGCCCGGAGAGAAGCCGACGGGUGGCAGGUCAAGACCCCGGGCUCGCACGCAUGGCGAGGACGAUGCUCCGGAGACCAUCAAGGGUGGCCAUCUCGCACCGCCUGAGCCGAAGCCCGAGAAGGAGAAGAAAGAGGGCACCGUUCCUGGCUUGCUCCGGCGAUUCAGCACCCGCAAGCGCAGAGAGCCCGAGCGCACGGAAAGAGAUCGCUCUCACCCGCCAGUGGUGCAGGUCCACUCUCCCUCCCAUGAGCUCGGCCCCCGCAAGAGCUACAGCAUCCGGCGCAGUCGUCGUGACCAGGACGAGGACGGUGAGCCAUCAGCACGCUCAGGCAGUAGCCAGCCACAGCACCGCGAGCUUCUGAGCCCGCCCGUGUCGGCUGGAGGCGCGCGGAGGAGCGGCCUAGGUCGGUCCACGAGCGUAAACUCGGGCGCUGACGUGCGACGGAACCAAUCGAGCCGGCUGGCAAAGGAUCCCCCACCCACCAGUGGCUCAGAGCAGUCCAUGAACGCCGAACAGCAGGGCCCGCCGCGCCCAGGCCACGGCCACUCGCGGUCUGUGACCAUGCGAGCCAAAUCGCUAGGCCAUGCAAGACGCGAGAGUAUCCAGCAACGGCGGCAGCGGCGGGAGGAGGCUCGUGAAGCCAAUGUGCCCGAAGAGACGGAUUUGGAAAAUGAGCAGAGUGGACGGUCUAGCGAGAAACUGGAUGACUCGGAGCUGGCAAAGCCCGUCUUCCUCAAGGGCUUGUUCAGCGUGUCGACCACAUCCGGCAAGUCGGUUCCUGCGAUCCGCGCCGACAUCCGCCGCGUCUUGAAGCAGCUGAACGUCGACUACACCGAGAUCAAGGGCGGCUUCACAUGCCGGCACGCGCCCAGCAUCGACUUGAACAAGGUCCAGGAUCCUCCCAUGAGCCCAUCGGCCAACCGUCGUCGUUUCAGUUUUGGCGGCCUGCGCCGCGGCGAGGACGACAGCCGCGAGAGCGACGGUCCCCCCAAGACACCACGAACACCCGGUCGAUCAGACCGUGACCGCAGCUACUCCAACUCGGAAACAUCGGUCGACAGCAUCCCGCGCAGGAACAAUGGUCCGUCGAGGCGCGCGCCCGGCGAGACGAGCACGCAGGUGCAGAGCGACCUGGGCGGCAGCAUGGUGCUGGAGUUUGAGAUCUUCAUCGUCAAGGUCCCGCUGCUGACGCUGCAUGGCGUGCAGUUCAAGCGCUUGACGGGCAACACGUGGCAGUACAAGAGCAUGGCGGACCAGAUUCUGCGCGAGCUCAGGCUGUAG